GCGGACUCGGCUGCGAACAUGGCCCGGGGCCUGCGCGGCCUCCCGCGGCGCGGCCUCUGGCUGCUCCUGGUGGGCCACCUCUUCAUGGCCACCGCCUGCCAGGACGCCGCCUUCAGCACCCUCCUCCAAGAGCUCUGCCUCGCCCAGUUCCAGGUGGACAUGGAGGCCGUCGGGAGGCCGCUGUGGUGCGACUGGGGCAAGACCAUCGGGAGCUACGAAGAGCUCUCGGACUGCACCAGGCACGUGGCGCAGAAGCUGCACUGCUUCUGGCCAAACGCGGCGGUGGACGCGUUCUUCCUCACGGUCCACCGGCGCUACUUCAGAAACUGCCCCGUCUCAGGCAGGGCCUUGCAGGACCCGCCCAGCGGUGUCCUCUGCCCCUUCAUCGUGGUGCCCAUCCUGGUGACCCUGCUCGUGACGGCGCUGGUGGUCUGGAGGAGCAGGCGCCUGGAGGGCAUCGUGUAGGCUGGGGGCCCCCUGCUCCCAGCGGGGGAGGGGGAGGGCUGCCGCUCCUGGAGGCUGCCGGGCAAGCCAGAGGGUGGGCGUGGGGGCCGAGCGUGGCCAAGG